CGAAGCUUCAGCCUUAAAGUAUACACAUACCUACAAACGAAGACUUCGUUUCCUACGCGCUUCUACAUUAGCACUUUUAUGAAUUACUAGGUGAUAAGUGGAAUUGUCAAUUUCUUUGCAUUAUCAGCAAAAUGGCGACGUUCCACCCAGAUUUUUUAAACAUGGCACCGCCUCCUAAUUAUAUUGCAGGCGUGGGACGCGGUGCAACAGGAUUUACAACACGCUCCGAUUUGGGUCCCGCCCAAGAGUUACCCUCACAGGAUGCUGUUAAAGCAGCUAUUGACAAACGGAAAUCCGGCGAAGAGCCUGAAGAAGACGAUAUUGAUCCUCGGUAUCAAGACCCGGAAAAUGAAGUGGCACUUUUUGCAACAGCUCCGUACGGUGCUGAAGACGAAGAGGCUGAUCGUAUUUAUCAGACUGUGGAAGAUAAUUUAAGCAAACGAAGAAAAGCUCAACGUGAGCGGCAGGAACAAUUACAGCAUGAACGAUAUGAAAAAGAAAAUCCAAAAGUAUCUUCUCAAUUCGCCGAUUUAAAGCGUGGUCUAUCCACUUUGACUGAUGAAGAUUGGUUGAAUAUACCUGAACCAGGUGACUUAACCCGAAAAAAAAGGCCGAAACAGCCCAGGCGCGAAAGAUUCUAUGCUACUAGUGAUUUCGUCCUAGCGAGCGCACGCAACGAAGGGCAGCUAGAGUCGACUGUUACUACCGAUGGCGAAACCGGUUUAGAUAGUACAACAGAAAACGGCACGAAAACAAACUUUGUUGAAAUUGGUGCUGCUCGUGACAAAGUGCUAGGCAUUAAGCUUGCUCAAGCCUCUACAAACUUAACUUCUCCUUCUACGGUUGAUCCAAAGGGGUAUCUGACGAGCUUGAAUAGCAUGAUACCCAGGAACAACACAGACUUGGGGGAUGUUAAAAAGGCCCGCAAGUUACUUCAAAGCGUGAUUGAAACCAAUCCCAAACAUGCCUCUGGCUGGGUAGCUGCUGCUCGUUUGGAAGAAGUUGCUAAUAAGAACAGUCAAGCACGUAUCCUUAUACUGAAAGGGUGCGAUAACUGUCCUCGUUCGGAAGAUGUUUGGAUGGAAGCUAUACGUUUACAUCCAGUUGAUGAAGCGAAAGUAAUCAUUGCUGACGCGGUUCGGAAUCUUCCUCAUUCUGUAACUUUAUGGUUAGAGGCAGAACGGUUGGAAACCCAAGUUUCUGCGAAGAAGAGAAUCAUUAAAAAAGCCCUUGAACUCAAUCCUACUUCUGUUGGCUUGUGGAAAGAAGCAGUAAAUUUGGAAGAAGAAGUUACUAAUGCGAGAAUUUUACUUGCUCGUGCCGUUGAACUAAUUCCGAUGUCUAUUGAUCUUUGGCUUGCGCUUGCAAGACUUGAAACUUACAAAAAUGCUCAAAAGGUUUUGAACAAAGCUAGACAGACGAUUCGUACAUCUUACGAAGUAUGGAUAGCAGCUGCACGUUUAGAAGAACAACAGGGAAACGUUUCUAGGGUUGAGAAAAUUAUGGCUCGUGGUGUUGCCGAACUACAGGAAAGUGGAGGUAUGUUGCAACGCGAGCAGUGGCUUCACGAAGCUGAAAAAUGCGAAAAAGAAGGUGCUGUCCUUACAGCUCAAGCAAUUAUCAAUACUUGUUUAUCUAUAGGAUUAGAUGAAGAAGAUCAAUUAGAUACUUGGAUGGAUGAUGCACAAUCUUUCUUAAUCUCAAAAUGUCUUGAUUGUGCUCGAGCAGUCUUUGCUUAUGCUCUCCGUGUAUAUUCUUCAAAUGAGAACAUAUGGCUUCGUGCAGUUGAAACGGAAAAGAUUUAUGGAUCUACUGAUACAGUUUGUUCGAUCUUAGAAAAAGCUGUUGAAGCAUGUCCUAGAACCGAAAUACUUUGGCUUGUAUAUGCUAAAGAAAGGAAAAAUACUGGUGAUGUCAAUGGAGCAAGGAAUAUUUUAGGCAGAGCCUUUGAUUAUAACUCCAAUAGUGAAGAAAUAUGGCUUGCUGCCGUUAAACUAGAAUUCGUCAACAAUGAAGACGAAAGGGCCAAGAAAUUGCUGGCUCGUGCUCGCAUAGAAUCCGGUUCAGAAAGAAUUUGGACAAAGUCUAUCUCGCUGGAAAGAGUUUUGGGUAAUUUGGAAGGAGCCUUAGCAUUGUUAGAAGAUGCUUUAAAGCUUUUUCCUACUUACGAUAAGUUUUGGAUGAUGAAAGGACAGAUUUUAGAAGAUGGUAAUGACGCAGGGAAAGCGCGGGAUGCAUAUAUAACAGGUACAAAAUUAUGUCCUCAUUCCAUUCCUUUGUGGAUUUUGCUUGCUAAGUUAGAAGCAAAAGAAACUAUUGUACGUGCAAGAGUCGUUCUGGACCGAGCCAAAGUUCGUAAUCCUAAGAAUGAGCUUUUAUGGCUUGAAGUGUUAAAAAUGGAAAACAGCGCUGGAAAUGUAUCGCAGGUAAAAGCAGCGUUAGCUAAAGCUUUACAAGAAUGUCCAUCAUCUGGAUUGCUAUGGUCAGAAGCAAUCUGGUUGGAACCUAGAGCCCAAAGAAAAACUAGAGCCACUGAUGCUUUGCGUAAGUGUGAAAGCAAUUCUUACCUUUUAUGCACCAUUGCCCGAAUGCUGUAUUCCGAGUCAAAACCAGAAAAAGCACACGAAUGGUUCAUGAAAGCUAUCAAGGCAGAUCAGGAUAAUGGUGAUGUCUGGGUUUGGUUUUACAAGUUUAGUCUUGAGAUAGGUACCCAAGAGCAACAACAAGAGGUUAUUCGAAACUGUGAAACUGCUGAUCCCCGUCAUGGGUAUUACUGGCCAACCAUAACGAAGGAUGUGAAAAAUGCUAGAAAAAGUAUACCUGAAUUGUUAAAGGAAGCUGCUAAUAGACUUUAACAUGUUACUAUGUAUAUUAAUUUCGUUAGGUUAUGAUAUUUUAAGAAUUUAGAGGAUAAUGAAUGGAAAGUAAAG